CGGAUUUCAGUCAUUUCAGAGAUCAACGGAAAUCCGUUGCCAUGAUAUGAAUAAGGACGACAAAGCGGUCAGAUUCAUGACCCGGAUAACCGUAUAUAUGGGGCCCAUCCGCCGCUUCUCAGAUCCAUUCAGUUUCGAGACUGGUUGUUUGUUAUCCUUUGUGUCAGAGGAAUGACCCGUUUGAACCUUGUCGGACCCUCCAUUUAACCUGAUUUCGUUAUAUCGCAGCAAAUUUUAUUUUUUAUCUCUGAAAAACAAACGAAAAAAAAGAUGGGUUCUUGGAAUUCAGUUCAGCUUGAGGUUCUGUACACUGUUUUGGGAUGGGUUGCUUUCGUUUCUUGGUCCAUCAGUUUCUACCCUCAAGUUUUCUUAAAUUUCCGAAGAAAAAGUGUGGUUGGGUUGAAUUUCGAUUUCGUAGUGUUGAAUUUGACGAAGCACUCUUCGUAUCUCAUUUACAACGCUUCCCUCUUCUUUAGCUCAGCUGUUCAGACACAGUACCGCAGCAAAUUCGGUUCUAAUGAGAUGAUACCGGUUGCUGCUAAUGAUGUGGCUUUCUCCAUACAUGCUGUACUAUUAACUGCUUUCACCUUGUUACAGAUUGCAAUUUACGAUCGUGGGAACCAAAAAGUAUCGAGAAUUUCAAUAGGAAUUGUUUCGGUGGCCUGGUUAGCUGCUGCUGUUUGUGUGUUCAUAGCUAUACCGAAACAUUCCUGGUUAUGGCUAAUUUCCUGCUUUAGCGAUAUUCAGGUUGUUAUGACGAUAAUCAAGUACAUUCCUCAGGCCAUCUUAAACUUCCAACGGAAAAGCACGAUUGGGUUUAGCAUUGGCAACAUCUUGCUCGAUUUUCUUGGUGGCGUAACUAAUUACGGUCAAAUGGCUGUGCAAUCCAUUGAUCAAAAUUCAUGGGUGAACUUCUACGGGAACAUAGGAAAGACUAUGAUAUCUUUGGUGUCGAUUUUCUUCGAUAUUCUUUUCAUGUUUCAGCAUUAUGUGCUAUAUCGCAACAAAAAGGCGGUUUCUCCUCCGAACCCUGCUGAGCUCAAGAAAAAUAACCGACAAUGAAGAGAGAAAGUCGUCAACAUGGCAUGGUCCGAACAUACCUCGCCGCGUCGGCUCCGUGGGACCCACGCCCGAAGCCUAGGAACGCUAACCAGCUCGGCUCACCCCCAACCGCCGGCCUCUUCACACGGGUUUCAUCCAAGCCGACCAACCACUCAAAGUUCACCGGAAAGUGCGGCCGGCCGAAGUGCCGCGGAUGCCAUGAUUGCCCGCCGGCGAAGUCUAAGGACAAGGUCAAGGGGGCCCACAAGGUACGGUCUUCGUCCGAGAUUGUGUCGGGUAGUAGAUUCAAAUUGACCGGCGUUUCCGCGAGUGGUGUUGUUGACUAUUUAGACAAGUACGAUGUUGAUGUUGAUGUUGAUGCUGAUGAUAUUGAUAUUGAUAUUGAUGCUGAUAUUGAUGUUGAUUAUGAUCAAGAAAUUGAAAUUUCUUCGACCGAUGUUUUUGAGAUCGAAGGAUUAGUUGAUGUUGGUAUUCGUGCGGUUGUUCUUGAUGUUGACAACGAUGAUGAUGAUGACGAGGAUGAUGAUGUCAUGAGUUUCUAUGAGGUGGGAUUUAAUUGGGGGCCUGUUGAUGGAGAUGAGAGUUGGUGUUUGGUUGAAGAAAUGUGAUUUUAUUAUUACAAAAUUUCAACUACUACUAAUGAAUUUGUCUGUAUAUUCCCUCAUGAUUGCUUGUGAAGAUGCCAAAACUUAUGUGGCAACUGCUAAUAAAUUUGUAUUAAUUGAUUUCUUGAAUUACAAUUGUAAUUUUAGAUGAAUGAACUUCUUAUGUGUUGUAAUAAACUAUGUUUUGUUGGUGUAUAUAUCAUAUAUUCAUAUUG